AUGCCCCGUCUCUAUGACUUUGAAAUUGUGUCCAACCUUUCCAACAAUGAUCAUCCCAUCCUCGAGAAGGAUUUCAUUCACAUGUAUUCAAAAUAUCAUUCACACCUUCAACAAUGUAUUGAAAAUAUUCACGUAUCAUCCACACAAAUGAAAUUUAUUAAAGUGUAUAUAGGUAAUAAUGUCGAACAUUCAAAUACUAUGAAUGAAGAGAAUACCACUAUGAAUAUUACUACUACUAAUACCACCACACUCAAUCACGAAUUUGAACACCACCCUCACCACAAAACAUGUAUUGGAAUCAUUCCAAUCACUAUUAAUUCUGGUCACAUUCAUCACCAAGAUGGAUAUAAUAUUUUCACACUUUCACCCUAUCAUCACUACAUUUCCUAUGGUCGAGCAGAAUUGUAUAUUAAUGAUCAUGAAAUUAACAAGUAUAUUAUUUAUGGUGUAGAAAGAGUUAUUGAUCUAUUUAGUAAAUUGUUAGAAUAUACAAAAUUGGAUCAAGUGAUUAUUAUUGGAAAUUUAAUGUUAUCUACCAAUUUAUACGAUGGAGACUUAUACUCUCGAUUGGACAUGUAUCGAGAAUUAACAUGUUAUUUAAUAGCACAAUAUCCACAACAUGUAUUAAUGAUGAGAUCUUUGAGCAUCUAUUCAACCAUAUUACAAACUCUGAAUGACAUUGGUUAUCAAUCCAUACCAUCAAGAAUGAUCUAUGUAUUGAAUUGUCAUGUCAAUGAACAUGGAAAUGAUCAACUUUUUCUCAAAAAGAGAGAUGUUAAGGAUGAUCGAAAAUUACUUUCUAAAUUUACAAAACAGGUCUAUGAUAUUUAUUCCAAUCAAGAUUUAUUAAAAGUCAUUGAAAAUUAUGAUGAUACUCAUAAUUCCAAGAAUGAUGACCACCAAAUCUCCUAUCAUCCAUGGAUUCAUCAAAUAGUUGACAUUUAUAACAUGUUAUAUAUUGGAAAGUAUUCAGAAUGUAAUAUCAAAUUCACACCUACAUUUAUUUAUGAAACACUUUCAAAUAAUAUUAUUCAAUACAAGUGUUUAUAUAAUAGAGAAACUCAAUGUAUUGAUGGAGUGAUUGGAUAUUUCAUCAAAUCAUUUCCAAGAAAUGCCAUUCAACAUGUUCCAUUGUUGAGAAAUGUUACUACUGCUACUAUUAGUAGUCAUGGCAGUAGUAGUAGUAGAAUGCAUGACAUGAAUGGCACCACCACUCUGAAUACCACUCUGAAUACCACUCUGAAUACCACUCUGAAUACCACUCUGAAUACCACCACCACCAAUCCCAUCACCACUUCAAAGAAUACAUCCAAUAUUCGUAUCAUGACAUGCCCCAUUUUAGGAUAUAGAACCACAUUGGAUCAAAAAUCCAUUCCACUCUAUCGAUUACUCUCUGCUCUUUUAUUGAAACAAGCUCAACAAGAAAAUGCAUUCUUUAAUCAAUCCAGUGGUGCUUCUAAAUUUAAAAUGAAUCGAGGAUGUGUUCCAUGUGUGGAAUAUAGUGCAUUCUAUAAUCGACAUGUGAGUUUUAUGAGAAGAUUACCUUGGAAUGUAUUGAGAUUUUUGUUAAAUGUGAUUGCAAAACCAAUGAUGGAAUAUUAUCAAUUAUAA